GUUGCCGAGCGCCACAGUCUCAUACAGCGACGCGCCAAGUAGUCGUGAAAACAUGUCCUGCGGCUAAUUCUGAUGACAGGCGUUGUGGCGCGGCACGGGGAGAGACACGUCUGCCUCGGAACGACUUAGUCAUUACAUUAAAGGAGCAGUGCGUCGUCCUCGCGGCGACUUCUCGCUACGUUAGCACACAACAUCGUCUUGGCGUCAACUGACCCGACGCCACUGAGCCCGAGCGACUCGGUCCGUCCGGACACCUUCGCUCGUUUGCAGCGACAACAGCGCGGCGCCGCAUGUGAAGUUUACACGUUUGAACCCAAACCAACAGAUGAAGAAGUGCACACUGUCGGGAUAACAGAGUGUUAGCCGCUAGCUUCCAGCUCACCUGUUCCGUGUUGCUGCGGUGCGGCUGUGGUCUCAUCAGGAUGCUGCCGCCGCCGCUGCCGCCGCCACACGCGCGCGCGACUCUGACGACAGUGUCAUCAGCUACUGGCCCGCGCAGCUGGAGCCGCCUCCGUGUCGGUCUGAGGAUGUGCUGCCGUAUUUGGAGAUCUGCUGCAGCAGCCAUAGUCGCGCACUGCCAUCUGCUGGCCACGUCAUGAAGUGACACAAUCCACCUGACAGGUUCGACAGAACGGACAAGUGAGUGUGUGAUGGUGGCCUGUGGCCAGUGUUCGUACGGACUGAGUGGACUGAGAAGCAGACAGGCGGCCGAGAGCAGCAAGCGACAGAGGGAGGAGAGCCGCUCCGGAUCCCCAGAGGAGGAGCCCCCCGAGAGGAGACUACGUCGGGGCCCUGAUGUCCAGGCCGACCGGAGCCCAAGUCCCCAGCCCCCCACCUCCGACCCACAGGACAGACUGGAAGAGUUGCAGCCGGAGCUUUGGGGAAGUGAGGAGGAGGAGGAGGAGGAGGAGGAGGAGGAGGAGGACUGGACCGCACUCUUCCAUGAGCCUGUACAGGACCAUCAGUUUGCUGACCUGGAGGGGGAGGUGCACAUGAUGGAUUCCCUGUUGACUGACACUCCAUACUCCCGGGAGAUGUGAGCCAGCAAAUACAAGGUGCAGAGCUCCACUACUGGACCAGCAAGUCGGUCCUCACACAACACACACGUAAAUAUGUGUUUAAUUUAGGGUAUAGAUAAAUUUUAAGUCAGUAUAAGUAUAAGAUUUUGAUGAGUUUUCUUUCAUUUCUUCUUAGUUUACAAAUACGUUUCCUUUAAUUUCAUCUGAGUUUAUGAAUACGUUUUCUUUAUUUAUUUAUUAUUCUCUGUUUAUAAAUAUGCUUUAUGUCUUCUUGAUUGAGUGAGAGCCCCAGCCACCAUUGUAUCCAAGCUCAAUAGUUCCCACACACAUUUCUCCCACCGCUGCAUUAGUCUAAAGGCUUUAGCUCAAUCAGACUGACCUUCCC